AUGAAAAGGAGGACGGACAUUAUAAUGGAUAAUGCAUUAAAAAAUGUUAAAUAUUACAAAGCAAAUGAACGAAACGAGGAACAGGCAGACAACAAAUUGAAAGAGAAUUUGGCUCUGAAUUCCACAGAGAUUGACAAUUUACCAAAAGAAAUGCCUGACAUUAACAAUUUUCUUAUUAACAUCAAUCAGAUUGACUUGGAAUCGGCUGAUAGAAUGAAAAACCAAAAAGAGAACAUGAAUCCGAAUUCUGCAGUUACUGAAGAAGAAUCACUAAUUAAAAUGACAAACAGCGGCAAUAUUGCUGUCAAUUAUGAGAGUAAACUUAAAUCUUCAGUGUGCAGUGAUACUAUAGAGAACUUAUUUUCAAAAUCCUCAUCGUUCAUUGAAAACUCCCCACAGUGUACGACCAACGACAUUUUUAACCUCAGCCAAUAUAUAAAAACGCAGUGGACUGACACUUCAGAUAAUGAGUUAAUUCUUAAUCGAGACAUACUCACCAGGAGACCUAUUCAGGAAAAAAGAGUAUCUUCUUCAUCUUGUAAUAGUUCAAGUUCAUCUCGUUCAAGUUCAUCAAGUUCCAGCUCCUCAAAUUCUAGUCCAUGCUCUUCGAGCAACGCACAAAAUGUGAACUCUAACGUGAUUACCUGUCAUAUUAAUGCGGAUGGUGCGAGUACCAGCCAAUUAGCUACAAGAAGUCUUCGUGGUAGAGCUAUUUUAAAAUCAAAUUAUUGUGUAUCACCUAUUAAUGCUGCUGAAAGUGAUCCUGAUUUAAGUGAUAAUGACCCUACAUUUCAAGACCCCAACGAAAUUUCAACGCGUCUUAGAAGCUUGUCCUCUUCCUCGACAGACUCAACUUCACAACCUGUAACACCCCAACAUGAGAUACAACAACCUGAGACAAGUAACGUUAACGAACCGAACACGACUCAAAGAAUAUCAAGAAAAAGGCAGCGUAACCCCGCAUCCUGGAAGCAAAAUAUUAGUAAGGCAUUGCGCAACACUGGAAAAUCUUACAUUUCCCUAUCUAAAUCUAGAAAAGAAGUUCCAGCCCGUUGUAUAAAAAACCCAUGCGCUCCAUGUCGAUUAAAAUGUCCUAAUCAAAUUAAUGAAGCCCAAAGAUCUGAGAUUUUUGAAUCCCUAAAAAAAGAUAGAUGUGAUCUGUGUUUGGAGUACGAAAUGGCAUCUGUAGAUCACAAAGCAAAGCUGAAGGAAAAAUUCGAUACCCAUUUAAAAGAGAAAGACCUUUGUCGCCUUGAAAAGAAGAACGACCGCAGAAACAUUGGUGAAGGAAAUAUAUGUACCGUAUAUGAUUUGCAAGCAGUCAUGCAAUGCCCUUUAGGAGACUCGAGUUCUUUUUAUUAUAUAUCAAAACUCAACUGCCUAAAUUUUACUAUGGCUGAGCUGGCUCAGAAAUCCGACAAGAAAACAAAUAAAGAACAGGAAAUUGAAGGGAAUCAGGGAAGAAGGGGAGAAGAUAGAAUUGAAGAAGAAACUACACUAUUAAUAAGAGAUCAUCUGCGAAGGCUUGGAGAUGACAUCCAUUGGAUAGCUCAGAUGUUAAGAGCUCAUCAAGUAUCAGGUUCCAUAGCAUUGGACCGCAAACUGAACCCUGAACGCAUCCCCGAGACAUAUACUUGGUAG